GGCGAAGGAAGAGAAGCGCUCGGGGACCAGGGCUGGGCAUGCAUCAGGCUCCCUCACUGUAUGUGACCGCACCGUGCAUCAACAGAUUUACAGGAUACAAAUCGGAUGCUGAAUACUCCGUACCUGACAAAAGUGUGUCAUAGGGGUUAAAGGUGAGCAGGUGUGGCAGUGGACGUGGCAGAGAUGAGUGUCUCUUCCUGGUUCCUGGUGAGUGGCGGGGGCAUGAGGCACCGCCUCCCCUGGGAGAUGAUCUUUGUUGGUCGAGACGACUGUGAACUCAUGUUACAGUCCCGCAGUGUGGACAAACAGCAUGCCGUUAUCAACUAUGAACCAACCACGGACGAACAUAAAGUCAAGGACCUGGGAAGCCUGAAUGGGACAUUUGUGAAUGAUGUCAGAAUACAGGAGCAGGUGUAUAUCACUUUGAAAAUUGACGACAAGUUGAGGUUUGGAUAUGAUACCAACCUGUUCACUGUGGUGCGAGGAGAGCUCCAUGUCCCCGAGGAAGCACUAAAGCAUGAGAAGUUUAAUAGUCAGCUCCUGCUGCAGAUGGUAAAGCCUCCAGAAGCUGCUCCGGUACCAUCCAGACCUGCAGUAGAGGUCAAGGCUGCAGCCGAGGGUGGUUCCGAGGGUGGCUCCGACGGGGCGGUGGCAGUGGGUAGUAAACCCCCUGAGACCAGCAGAGAGGGGGCCGGGGACGACAAGCUGGCAGGGGACAUUGCAGUACUAAAAAGGGGCACCCCUCUGUAUGGCCAGCCUUCCUGGUGGGGGGACGGGGACGCAGACGAUGAGAACUCUGGGAAGCAGGAUGGGACGACAACUGACAGGAAGCAGGAGAGAUCUGAGUCAGAUUGUAAAGACCCCAAGGAGACAACAGCCGGGGCCCAGGAGAAUGGCCUGUAUACCUCAAGCCAGGAGCCCAGUUACUUCGAGAUCCCCUCCUAUACCAAUGAACCCCCCUCCCAAGACAUGGAAGGCGCCACCACCACUAACCCCGCCUCCGGCCUUGAAGCCGUCCCCCAGGGCCACGCCUCCUUCACCAUCGAGUUUGACCUGCAGGCGUCCAAUAAGGUGGCGGUUAAGGACCGGGUGGCAAAGGCGGUGCCGGAGGUGAGGCAACGGCCCCCAAAGAAGGGCGCGGGAGAGGAGCUGAGCGCCCUGCAAACUGCCAUGGUGGCGGCGGAGGUGAAAGUAGCUGAUUGGCUGGCCCAGAACGAGAUCCCAUUGGCCCGUACGGAGUCGGUUGACAGAGUGGUGGAGGACGACGGGGAGAGCGUGAAGAGUGAUGUGCCGGUUCAGCUGAAGAGUCUUAAAGGUAGUAAACACGAGGACGGUACCCAGAGCGACUCAGAGAACGCAGCCGCGCUGGGCGAGCAACGCCGGGCCGCCCUCGAGGACCACUCCAGGGGGCUGUGGGGCGGCCGACUAGAGGGGUCAGGGGUCAAAAUACGAGAGGGGCGUGCCAACGUCCCAGAGGGACUCUUUGCCGAGGAAGAUAGCCCAGCCCGACGACACAGGUCCUCAACUUCCAAAAUGGCACCCAUUGGAGGAGAGUUAAGAGAGAGAGAGAGGACCAAGGAUUCCGUUCCUUACCACCGCGACCAACACCAACCGAUAGGACUUGGGGAGGGGUUUCAGAAUCGCCGUGGAGAUGACUAUAGCGACCGGGGGACCUAUACCAUAGAGAUAGAGAACGAAGAUAACCAAGAGGAGGAGGCCAGGAGAAUGAUUGACAAGGUAUUUGGUGUGGAGGACUACCAGACUCUGUCCAGGGUGGCGGGCUAUCCUGACAUCCAGAGAGAGAGACUGACCACUCAGAGGCCAGGCUCCGGAGACAGAGGCAAGCCUGGACGUAUCGAACCAGAGUCUCUCCCAGAGGAGCUGGUUGUGGGCGGUCCCAGGUGGGUCUCCCAAUGGGCUACUCUGGCAGCCAGCCACAUCAGGACUGACCCUGAGGGCUCUGGAGCGGAGUCCCAUGUCCACUACCACACCGAGGACAGAGCUGAGAUCAGUGAGUCCAGUCACUCUGCCUCCAUGGCCUCCACCAGCUAUACAGAGCGCAAGAGGAGAACCCUGCCCCAGCUCCCCUCCACUGAGGAGACAACCCCAGGGGGGAGAAGAUCCCCUGGUCCAGCUCACCGCCCCUCCGAUGUGGGGGAGAAACAGGACACUGAGCUCCAGGAGAAGGAGAACCAGGAGACGGGGAGAGGAGGGAGGACCAAGCCUGGUGGUGGAGGUGGUGGGGGUAGCCAGGCUGGUAGUGUUGGUGGAAGCACCAGAGGAAGUCCGAAAAAAGGCUCUCCAGCGAAGAACCAAGAUGCGGGAAGCCGGAAAGAAACUGUGUUGGCGAAACUGCCUCCUCGGCCAGGGAAUAGUGGGGGGAAGAGACUGGAGGAGGCACGGAGGAGGAAGAAGGAGAUGGAGGAGAAGGCUAAAGAAAGGGAGAGUGCUGGGAAGCCGCUUCUUAGACAAGAGAGCUUUACGGUGGAGAGACCCAGCACCAACGUCCCCCAGGAGCUCAUCCCACGGAUUGACACGCAAACUGGGGCACGAAUACUGACAAAGGAGGGCAGGGAGGAUGGUACCACCCGGCAGAAGGACUCAGAGGCGGUGGCUGCGUUUCUGGAGACAACGGUAUCAGACCUGGGUGAACCAAUUAGCCAGUCCAUCGAGGGGUCUUUGUCGCCCGAGUCGGAUGUGGACACCACCAGCACCGUUAGCCAGGCAGCGGGCGUCGGAGGGCGGAAGGUGGUCCACCAGAAGAGACGUACCCUAACUGCCCAGCAGAAAGAGAGGGAGAAGACGGUGCUGUGUUCCUCCACCAAGGGGCCUACCAGAGCCAGAGAUACCCAGGAUAGGAAACCCAAAUCCAGACCAUCUGGAGGACAAGGGACCCGCCAAGCUGGUCGUGCCUGGACCUCCCUGGACCUAACAGAUGACGACGUCAACUCCAACUCCCUUCUCUCCGACUCCCAACCGUCCUUACAGGAGGUUAGCUCCCACAGUUCCCACGCCAGAACCCAGGCCGGAAGCACCAGAGUGGAGGCUAGCACCAAGGCUAGCCGGGCUAAAAACACCCAGGCAUCCAGCACCACCACAAACACCCUCAGUAAACCUACCACCACCUUGCCCAAGGUGCGGCCCACCCGGGCCUCGAUACUCAGACGUGCCCGUUUGGGGGACUCCUCCGAUACCGAACCAGCCGACAUGGACCGGAUGUCCGUAGCCUCCGAGGCUAGCACCACUAGCUCCAGGUCCGCGGCUCCCGGACCAGGGUUCCGGAGAGGCCUGUCCCGCAUUGAGGCCCUGGCCCAGCCCAGGAAGCCCAGGAUGGGAUCUCCGUCUGCCCAGAGUGACUCAGAGGCCACAGGGGGCCGUAGCCGGGGGAUAGGGGCUCGUAGCAUUGCUACCGACUACGCCGUCCGACAGGGACUCAGAGGAGUCAGCAACAUGGGAGGGAUAAUACCCAGGGCCAGGGCUAACAGCGCCUCCAAACUACCUGACAAGUCUAAGGGCUACAUCACCCCCACAGCGGGUGGCCGGUGGCGCCGGAUGCCCAUGGACUACGCCUCCACCUCGGAGGACGAGUUCGGCUCCAACCGCCACCCGUCCAAGCACGGCGGUCCCGCCCGGCAGUUUGCGUCGCCGCGGCUGACCCAGCUGGGUGGCUCCGCCCCUGCCACGCCCAGUCCGGGGGGUAUAGCGGCUCUGAGGCAGCAGUCAGCAGGCAGAGAACAGGAGGAGUACAUGAAGGACUGGACCACUCACAGUGAAGAGAUCGCCAGGAUCAGUCAGGACCUAGCCAAAGACCUGGCCAUGCUGGCCAGGGAGAUCCAUGACGUGGCCGGAGAGAUCGACUCAGUCAGCCCAGCCGCUAGUGCUGCCACUGACCCAGGAGCCAUGUUGGAGGAGCGAGUUUUUGACGAUGGCUUGAAUCUGGGGAGCGGCCCGUCAACAGAGAGCAUUCUGGGUAAUAACGUCCGCCCCGUGGAGCUCCGGCCACGCAACUCUAACAGACAGGGUCCCCGCGCCAUUCGCCGCCAGACCUGGAACAGAGAGGACGCGGUGUUGGACAGUUUACUAUUAGCAUCUGUGACCCAGCUCUCUGCACGGAUACGCCAUUCUGUGGACAAAACAGCCGGCAAAAUCAGGAUAUUAUUCAAAGAUAAGGACCGGAAAUGGGACGAGAUUGAGAAUAAACUCCAAGCCGAGCAUGACUCUCUACUCCUCAAGACUUCCAGCACGGAGAUCACCACCAUCCUCCAGGAUCUGAAGAGAGUGGAGAGACAGUUACUAGUGAUUGAUGUGAUGGUGGAUCCGGACGGCACCCUGGAUGCCCUGACCAGUCUGGGACUGACCAGCCCUCUGACCAACCUGCAGAGGGUCAGUCCUGGGGCAGCGGGGCCUUCCGCUGCCAGUCACCCCCCUGGAGGUAGUAAUGGAGAAGGCCCUUCUAGCAGCACCCUGUCGGGCCCCAGCGGUGGACCCUCCUCGGGGGCCUCAGGCACCUCUACCCAGGUGGCAGAGAGAGAUCUGGGACUCCAUGUGAAUAAUAAUCUGCCCUCUAGUGGUGGAGAACAGAACUGUGUGGUUCAUAAAUGAGGAGGAUACUGGAUCUAGAACACACUACUAAAGUACAACUACCUAAACACUUGCGUGGAGGGGCCCUGAUUUGAGGCUCACUACUAGGGAGGAUGGUAAAAGACUUGGAGAGAUGGGACUCCCACUGGGCACAGAUGUCAAUUCAAUGUCUAUUCCACAUUGGUUCAACGUAAUUCCAUUGAAAUGACGUGGAAACUACGUUGACUCAACUAGUGUACGCCCAGUGGGUUGAUAUUUCCUUCAAUGUCUGGACAAACCUCCUGAACAUCAGACCUGACCAAAAGAGAGGUAAAUAAACACUUUUUAAUCUUUGUCUCUGACAUACCAAUCCGUUUGUUCAUAUGAAUUGGAGCCAACAGUGAGCUUGUUCUGUAGCUAUAACAUGUAUAUAGAAGGGUUGUGAAAGGAUUAUGUACUGUCAAUACAAUCUAUGUACCAGCACAUGUCCUACAGUCCGUUAUCAAUACUACUAUAUCAAUAUUCUUGAACACGUUUGAAAAGUAUCAAGAGUUCUUUUGCAUUAUGAUCUGCUAACUGCACCUGCUUCUGGUUGAUUGAUGACUUUUCAGAAGACAUUUGAUAUGAUUCUGUUUGUGUUCGACAGUGUUGCCGAUUGUGUAACACCGUGUAACUUUACACACUAAAAACAAACGGUUCUAUAUAGUGGCAAAUAAGGGUUCUUUGGCUUUGGUUCUUUAACCAUACUCAUAAGGUUCUAAAUGGAACCUGUAUGGUGCUAUGAAGAACCUUUUCCGUUAAAAAAGGUUACAUAUAGAGCCAAAAAGGGUUCCGCUGUGGUUCCAACCAUUUUGGGGGCUAUAUAGAACCCUUUUUUUAUGGAGAAUGGUUCUGUAAAGAACCUUCUCAAUCUCAAAGGUUGUUUAAUUCAGAUGUAAUAGACAUAUUAUAUUGUUAAAAUUCCAUCGUUUUUUUUAUUGUUGAAUCAGGUGUGCUAGCUCUGGAACAGUUGGGGGUUCCUGAGGAGAGAAUUAAUAACUUCUUAGUCAACCGCUCUCAAUUGACACAAGGCCAUAUGUGAGUUUGUCACUGGCUAUAGUCACAUAUUGUAUUGCAUAUAACAGCAUAACCCAACAGAUUAGAGCAACUGAAAUUACACUCAACACUCAUGGUUGGACAAAGCUGUUAGCAAACCACUCCCCAAAAUAUUCAAAUGAGCCGCCGUCCCUACAUUGCUAAAAGCAGAGAACCAUUGAAAGGCUCAAAUGCUUAUUUGGGUCAGUAUGGUUCCACAUAGAAUCAUCACCCUUCCCAAAGAACCCUUGAGGAACCCUCUUUUCUUAGUGUGCAGGCUACUAUUUAUAAGCGAUGAGGUCACUGUUUUGACUGAUAAGCUUGCAUUUGACUGAUGAGCUUGCAUUUGACUGUUGCCUGAUCGGCAGUCUGCUUUGUGGUUACAACCCUUUUGGGGGCCAUAUAGAACCCAAAUUACAACAAAAACUAAAUGGACACCAUGGUUCAGCAUUGCAGAAAAGAACUCAGUGUCUUUCUGAAAAUACUUUUCAGAAUAUCCCGCCAUUAUGCAUAGCAUAGCUCAGCAAAUAUUGUGAAUAUGACCAUAUAGCAUACUGUGUCUGUUUUAGCUGACUUGUAGCACUUGCAGCUUGCUGCGCUUGUUCUAAUAUUACGAUUUUUCCACUAAAGAGAGGCCAAUAUUAUUCUUUAUUUAUUCAGAUGAAAAGACAUCGGGUAUUUACAGUGUUAUGUAUCCAUUUAAAUGUGUAUAAUAUUUAUAAUUCUCCCAUCCAUGCCUUCCCGUGUGGAGUGAUACAGUAUCUCUUAAGAAUGAUGGAUCAAAGAUAGCUCUACCGUAUGUUACUAAUAACUAACUACUGUAGGCUAGGUGGUAAAGUAGCUUCCUGAAAAAUGUGUUCCCGAAAGUAGUCCCCAUAUCCAAGUGUAUUACGUCACAAAGUGCCCAUUGUCAAAACCAUUGUUGAUGAAACGAUAAGAUGGAAAUAGCCUAGGUGCCACAUGUCUGGCAUGAGAAUUGCGUAAGGAGUUGGAAAGAUUGCAGAAGCAGACUGGCACGCGGGCUAGGAGGUGUAGCUAAGCUAACGUUUGUUGAUUUGCACAUGUUAAAGCUGCGGUGAUUCGCCACAGGGUGGUGUUAGUAAGGAUACGUAACAUCUGUUGACCAAAACAGGCCUGGGUGUACUCCUUGUGGAUGCUGGAUUUCAUUGGAACUUGUUUUUUACUGAGAACUGGUUUUGAUUAUCCAUUAUGACUGAGUCCACCGUAGGCUGGUGAGGGGAGGACGGCUCAUAAUAAUGACUGGUAGGAAGAGAAUGGAAUGGUAUCAAACACAAGGAAACCAUGUGUUUGACGUGUCAAUACCAUUCCAUUAAUUCCAUUCCAGCCAUUACUAUGAGCCUGUCCUCCCCAAUUAAGGCACCACCAGCCAUCUGUGAUUGUGUCAUGGAAUACACACUAGUGUUCUGGUUAACGUACUUGAAGAACCCUUAUGAAGCGAAGAGAUCUGAGUAAAAACCAGCAUAGAAAGGGAUAGACGGAGACCAGGACCAUGUUGUCGGGGGAAAACUUUUUGAAAUGGAGUUAAGCGGGUAGGUAACCACUCAUUUUCAAUAUCCGUUGCAAAACAGUUUGCUACAGUGUGCCCUACUGAACAUGACCAAGUGCUGAGAGAAACCAUGACAUGGACCGGGAAAUUAAAUGGACCCAGGAAGUAAAAAUGGACCAGGAAGUAGCUCUAUAUACCCCAUAGAGCUAGAUAGAGGACACAACAUUGUAUCUGUCCCUUUAUGGAGUCUGUGAGAGCAUACAGCACCAUUGAGGCCAUCUCCAUUUUGAAGUGGUUACUUUUCAUAUUCUACUACUAUGAGUUGGUAAACAAACUGAAAGGGUGCACACUGCCACCUGGAGUGUGUUGUCUGAACAGGUAUAAAUCCAAGGUUUAUGAUUUACUGCCACCUGCAGUUAUGGAAUGUUUGUUCACAAGUGUAAUUCAUUGGCUGAUCCCUCCUGAUGAGCUGGUUUGAAUGAUGUGAUCCUUUCUUAACCCAUAAGAGGUCCCACCCAGUUCUACUUAAAAAUGGUGUAAGUCCUCAAUGGUGCUGCCCAUGCUAAAAUGGCUUUUAGACACUAGAGUCCUCUAUCUACCUCUAUGAUAUACCCAUACUGUAUCUGGAUGUCCUGCCUCAUACCAAUGUUUACACAUGAAUGUAACCUGAUCGUAAAUGUUGAUGUUUCUCAGCCAAAACAGCUUGAUUAUUAAUAAAGAAAAUAGCAUUUUGUGUCUUAUUAGUAAGGUCUUUAUUGUCUUUAUGUCAUUUCAAACCUUUUACAUGUUUCUGCUUGUAUAUUUUGUACAGAUAGAUUUUCUAAUUGUCAUGAUUUAUUUCCUAUCUUUGUAAGAUAAUGGUUACUUGAUUUUAUUUUUGUCUACCUUCCACUGAUUUUAAUAAAAUGCAUGAUUAUCAUUGA